AGUUAGCAAACAACAAAGCAGUGUAAUUGAAUGCAGUCUGUGUCGCACAUUUACACGUUAAAGUAAGCUAGGAUGUGUCUGUAAUUAACUUCUGCACCGCCUGGACAAUGAAGUCGUGUAGCUGCAUGACAUGUGACCCAGUGCAUCAUGGGAGCCGUGUAAAAGCCUGUUGAUACCUACAAGUGGCUGCUGAUAUGGUGGACCGAAUCCUGACCGUUAGGAACCCCCCAGUCUCAGUUUUUUAUGAGAGUCUGGGGAACACGUUGCCACAUACUAUGGAUUUAGGAAGUCAUCUCCCAUGAGAUUCUAACUUUACAGCGAUUUAAUCAAGCAGCUGUGAAGUAACAUGGAGAAAGACGCAGCCGAGAAGGAGAAGGAUGUUGCAGACACUGACGAGGAGAUGCCUGAUUGUGUUUCUGCCUCAGUGACCAAUUCUGGUCAGUGGGAGGCCGGAGAGACUGAUGAUGACUGCGAGCAGGAGGACGAAACAGCCUAUCUUAAAUCUCAGGAAACCCCAAACCCAGCCACUGCGCAAGACUCUGAAAUGGGCGAAGCAGAGUAUUGUGGAUCCAUGGAGGCCAAAGAGGACACAGAGGAGGUUUCAGAUGGGUUUGACAAUGACAACAUGGCAGAUCAUGAGGACUCGCAGGUUAUAAAUCAAGAAGAAGAUGAAGCUGCAAAGGAGCAGCAGAUGAAUGGGGAGUCUGGCUGGAGGAACGUGGGCAGUGGACGGCGGUGCAAACUGAAGAGCGGUGGAUCGGUUUUAGAGCAGGGCAGUCAGAGUGCUUUUUCCUCCAUUCAAAAAGGCAACGUUAUGUCAAGUGGUGGUCGGCACAAGCAGACCCGCAGACGCAAUCACCACCACCAUCAGCAGAACCGCAGCCGCAGGCGGACAGGCAACCAGCUUGUCUUAGCUUUCAAGGAGAUGCUUUCAGAAUCUGUGAGCUUCUGGUGCAUCUCAUGCAUCCAUAUGAUGAUUGAAAUUAUUGUCACAUUAACUCACAAUUGUGGAGUUGGAGUUGAGACUGGAGUUGUGAAACUUUACAACUUUGGCCAGAAGCUCUUUGUAAAGAUCACUGAUGUACCUGGAAUGAAGGCAGAUGCUAGUCGAAUUCUGAAAUGCACGAAAUGCACAGGAGCGGACCUGCUGGAUAAAAUUGUUAGAUCAGUGAAGUGGGUGAAGACAGCUGCCUUAUCUUGUUUCAGACUUUUCUGUGCUUUGGCUAUUCUGGGUUCCCAAUGGGCAAAGGGUGUGUUAGUCCGCAUUGUUGGAGAGAGGGGUAAACGCUAUUGGACAGCUUUUCUGGAGUCAAGGUUUUGGAGUAGGGUCAUGUCCCUGCUGGAAAGAGCCCGAAGCCUCUUCAGGAGGGACGGUCACGUACCACCAUCCACACCUGAGUCACCCGGCAGAACAGGGAAAUGUCAGCCAGGCCAGGAGCUGGAGAGACUCCUGGCGUUGGCUGAGGUACCAGAGGAUGAGCUUGACCCCUUUACAGUGCUCGGUGUAGAAGUGCACGCCACUGAAACUGAGCUGAAGAAGGCCUACAGACAGCUGGCUGUCCAGGUCCAUCCAGACAAGAAUAAACACCCACGAGCUGGAGAGGCGUUCAAAGUACUGAGGGCUGCCUGGGAUAUUGUCAGUAACCCAGAGACACGACGAGAGUAUGAGUUGAAGCGCAUGGCAGCAACUGAGCUCUCGAAGUCCAUGAACGAGUUUCUCACCAAACUGCAGGAUGACCUGAAGGAAGCCAUGAAUACCAUGAUGUGUACCAAGUGUGAAGGAAAGCACAAGCGAUUCGAGAUGGAUCGUGAACCUGCUGAGGCCCGGUUCUGUGCUGAAUGUAACCGGUGCCACAGUGCUGAGGAGGGGGACCUGUGGGCCGAGUCCAGCAUGUUGGGCCUUCGCAUCACAUACUUUGCAUGUAUGGACGGCAAGGUGUAUGAUAUUACAGAGUGGGCAGGUUGCCAAAGAAUAGGCAUUUCUCCUGACACCCACCGUGUACCAUAUCACAUCUCCUUUGGUUCAAAGAACAACAGCAACGCCACACGACACAGGACGCCCUCAGAGCAGGCCACAGGUCCAACCAACCCUGCCGAUUUGCAGGAUUUCUUCAAUCGAAUUUUCAAGGGAGGACCGCCUAACGACAUGGCUGCCAAUGGAAACUUCUUCCCCUCAGGUCCGCCUCAUCACCCACCUGGCGCCGGAGCACCUCCGUUCUCGCCUCCCACGGCUCAAACAGGUUUCUACAUGCCGGGGGGUCCCCGGCCAGAGUCCAACGAGACAUGGGCUGAAAGUGGCAAACCCCCCAGAAGGAGGAAGAAGGUUCGCAAACCCUUCCAGAGGUGAAGUCUGUUGACUUGUUAGUGUAUCAAAAUAGCAACACAGGGACACAAUGAAUAAUGGCCAUGUUUGUCUCUCGCCUGCCUGUUGGCAUGCCAAGAUCUGAACUGGAGAAUAUUCGUGGGGCUAAAAGGCCGCGGUCAGAUCAGCCAGAGCAGAGAAAGACCAUUUCAUGAAGAAGCGCCUGUGGACUGAAUACAAGUAUUGAAGGAGAGCUGAAGAGGUGGCAGCGAUGGUGCUUUACCUCUCAUUUCACCUUUUUUUUUUUUUUGGUCUUAAAGACGACUGUAGCCUUGGCAUUGAAAUCCUUAUCGGGAUGCUGUAAUGACACGUUUUUCUUUUCAUAAUUUCCUGCCAAAUCCUUCAUUGCAUGAUUUAGUCACUUCAUUCUAACACUUCAGUUCUCUCACUUUUGUUGUUAAUGUUUUAUAUAAGGUUAGAUCAAGACAUUGGCUCCAGGCAGAGUGACGGUUGAGGGUUGCAGUCAGUGGGAAUGUGAUUUACAGAUCGCUGAAAUCGAGAAGUGAAGAUAAUGAUCUGGGCAGCUUCACGCUGUCAGUGUUACUGUUAGUAGUGGCAUGUGAAUCUACUUUUACGUCUGCGCCUCGCCCACCAUUUUUCUAGAAUGAAUCCAAACCAGCCAAAUCCAACACAUCUGAUCUAAAUUACCAAAAGCAUGGCAUAUUAUAAUCACUGAAAUUAAGAGCGUUUUUUUUUUUUUUACUUUCAGCGGGAUAAUUUCUCUAUAUAUCUACAAUUGUUAAAGAUUUAAUUUACUAUUAUGUUGGUAAAGUAGCAGAAAAGUGGCCUUUUUUUCCCCCUUCAAAUCACAGGGCAUGGUGUGCUUCUUUGGUUGCAUGCACACAAACAACAAGAGAAGACAAACAAGUUCUUUGUGUUACGAUUACAGAAGAGAAACUUUACUUUAUAAACUGAUGAAUAAUGAAAAUGUACAAUGGGACUUUCUAGUUGUAAAAUGGCAAUAUGUAGAUAUUACAGAACCACUAAGAAGGAAAACAUCUUGUCAGGGUUGUUCAGGAAAUGUGGCCCAGUCACUUGCAUAUUUGUGUUGCCAAUACCAGAGAAUCACACUGUGCAUUAAGACCACUCAAUAAAAAAGAAGUUUGUCAUUAAGUACACUCUGUUCAGAAAACAUUUCAGACAGGCUCGUCCCAAUUAGUGAACAUUAGCUUUUUUUUUUCAUAAUCCAGAGAAGAAACUAAAAUGUUUAUCACAUUUUAAUGAACUCGUAAAGAUAUUACUACAUCAGAACAUACAAUUAAAUGUGUGUAGUUUUUAAAUUAACUGUGGACACAAGCCUGACCAGGAUGUAAAGACACAGUGCUGUCUAAUUUGUGUUGUUUUCAAUCAGCACUGUUACUUUAUUUUGAUUUUAGGGAUACUGUGUACACCAGGAGUGUGUAUUUUCCUAUGCAAUAUGACUUAAAUGUCAAAUGACUCUAAAUUGUAUCACUAUUCUGUAACUGAACUACCUCUAAGUUAAACAGUAGGGUAUUUGGUCAUUGGUCAAAUAAAAAAACUAACUAGUUUAGAUCUGCUAUAUUAUAAAUACAGGCCUGUCAGAACCUCAGUGCAGCCAAAGGCAAUACACCUUUCAUUAUUAGGAUUCAUACCUUUUAUUUUUCUAUUACUUUGUAUGUCGGCCUUUAUUUUCGAUGACAGACUUAAAUCCCCUUGAUGUGAAGAGCACCAGUGUUGCACAAAUUUCUGAAGAGAUGUUUUGCCAUUCUUCAGAGAUAUUUUUUCAGUUCUUUGCUGGAGGGGUUGUGUUUGUCUACCUUUCUCUUUGAACACCCCAAAGGUGUUCUGUUGGAUUCAAGUCAGGACACAUUCUUGGCCAGGCUGUAGUGUCCUGCUUGUCCUUUAGUAACUCUUGUGUCGUUUUGGCAGAGUGUUUUGGAUCGUUAUCAUGCUGGAAUAAUUAAUCAUCUUGUCAGCCAGCAUUUUAGUAAGUCUACAGGCAUUCAUGGUGCUAUCUAUAAAUGCCAUCUCCCAAACACCUUUUGCACUGAUGCAGCACCGUAUCAUUGAACUCCCACUUCUGUGCGUCACUGUCAGGACUAUGCACUUACUGUGGUAGUCCUGACCAGGUUCAUGCUAAACAGGCUGGACCACAUCUGAACUACACAAAUUUAUCUCGGUCACAUUUGACCAAAGAAUGUGCCCCUAGCAUUCAUCAGGUUUCUUUUCAUGCGUUUUAGCAAAAUUAAAUGGUGCAGUUUUGUGGAGCAAAGGUUUCUCUUGGACUCUAUCCAUAGAGAUUGACGUUAUGUAAUGUCAUUUGCGCUGUCACCGAAACUGCUGUCUUUUAUGACCUCUGUGCCAAAUCUGAAGCACCUGGCUGUUUUUCAGAGCUAGAUUGUGCCAGUAGUGCACUGUCCGUGACGUCAUUGUAGGUAGUCAACCACCGCGGCCGUGAUUAUUGGUAUCACAGUUCAUUCAAUACCUCCUGAUUGCUGCUGCUACUGUGUUCUGACUGAUUUUUAGUUGUUAACCAAUCUCCCCGUAUCAGUCCAUAUAGAGCCAUGUUGCAUUACACAGCCCAUAGGUCCAAAAUUGAGAAAAUUCUGGGGUUCACAGACCUUUUUAUCACCUGUAUUUUCAAUAUAGUCUUUCUGAAGUAUUUGUUUUUAAUUGUUCAUUAGAGGAAAUACUGUACUUGUCAACUUAGAAGUAAUGCAGUUACUAUAAAGUGAUACACUUUUACACUUUGGAUAUUGCACAGGGGUGUACUCAUGUCUGUUCUAUACUGUACCCCUUGGUUGAAUAGGAUGAUAAAUAAUAUAUAUAUAUAUAUACAUAUAUAUAUAUAUGUAUGUUGCCGCAGCAACAUAGUCAAUUUGCAUGAUUGUUCAGGCAGCUACUGAAAACUGUUCCAGUCGUCUGAAUUUUCACAGCAUUUUCAUCAAGGUUCCUUCUUGUUCAGUGCCAUUUUAUGCCACUUGUGAUGUUUCAGAGCAUGUUCAAAGCCAUGACUGUGACCUGUGACUGCCACUCAGCUCAGGACAAGUAAGUUUAAAAAAAGAAAAAAAAAAUUUGAAUUGAUUCCAGCCAUCCUGGUUAUUACAUCCAAAAAUGAUCUUUCUCCUGUCCUGUUGUUCCAGUAUGUGUUGUCAUCUCUGUGGCUCCUCACAGGUUGCAAUUAAAGAAGUUUAUGAUCCAACCGUUAUGCAAUCAUGUACUAUAAACUAGGAUGUUUUUUCCGGUUAAUCUAGACAUGGUUCAGAUUUCAAGGUCACUGGUUCACUGAAAAUUAAAUCAAAGUCUAAACAACUGAUUUUCUUUUGAUCUACACAGCGCCACUGUACGCAACAACAUGAAGGGGUCCGAAGUAUGAAAACUGGUUGUGUUUUGUAGUUUGGUUUGUUGACAUGGUUUGUGCAUAGAAAUUACGCUUUAAUUUUCAUCUUAGCCUAAUGAAAGAAAACAAGAGCUGUUAUUGUUUACACCUGACAUGAAGAUUGUGAAAGUAGUGAUAUGGCAGUUAGGAGUGAUAAAGCAUUUGAGAAAGGCUGUUUAUAUAUAUAUUGACAGUUAAACAUGAUGAGCACCAUGGUCAUUGUUUUUUUUUUUUCCUUUUGUUAAUUUGUACACCCACCACUGUAAUAACAUCAGAGGGAUUUUGAACAGUCAUCAGUGAUUUAGCCUAACCAGACUCCUCCAGCUGCAGCUGAGUAGGAGGUGUAGCUCGCUAAGCUAACAGCUCACUUGCAAAUUAAGAUAUUAUUUUGGUAGAAUCUGAAUGUUUAAUGAGUGACAAAUUUUUGAAAAAGAUCAUUUGAUUGCACAACCAUUGCACUCUGGAGAAAGUACGGGAACUAUGUUAUGACAUUGUAAUGCACAGUGUGGAUUUUGUCUAGAAGCUUGGAAGGAGCCCUUUUUAGAAAUAUUGUUUAAGGUUCUUUAGGCAGGACAAUAAGUUUGUCAUAUUUCUCUUCAUGUGUCAAAUAGUUUGUCAUAUGUAUUUGACCAGUUUCCCAGACUUGGACUGAGUUAGUAAGAAAAAAUGGCCUUUAAAAUCCUUUAAAACAAAACAAAUUCAGAAUGUAUAUCAAGUCCUGCAUUCAGUUUAUUCUGGUAAAAACAAUUUAAUAUAAGAAAGGUUUUCUUCUGUGACAGCCAAAUCAGAGCUAUAAGGACCAAAACAGGUUUUUUUCCCAAUUGGGCAGGAUUGCAUUUAAAAUGUUAGUGUGAUAAUUAGAAAUCAACAAAAUAACUUGGAAUUAAUUUAUUUUCAGACACUGUUAAAGAUCUGCUUCAGUCCCUGUCUAGGAAACUGGACCCACAGCUGUGACCAUGUCAAACAUAAUGCAUUAUUUUCCACAUGUCGUCCUUGACUUUAGAAUGUGCAGUGCUGCAUGUUAAAGGUAGCAGUUCAAAGUCCAAGAAGUCAAUGAAAGAGCCAACACUUCAGAAGUUGUUUUUUUUUGUUGUUUCAAGUUUUUAACAGAAUAUGCAGAAGUAUUGCAAAAAAUAUCUGACAAUCAUCAGGGUUUUUUGUAGGGAAUUAGGAGGCGAGUUCCCUGGCUGGCAAACAGUUAUAAAAUGUCACUGUUUGGUUUCUUUCCCCUGCUUUCUCUGGUUUUCAAAAUAAAGAUGAUUUCCUAUA